ACUGUGAUCGGUUGCCACCUGUGCAAUAAGUCUAUCCAUGAAAUUUCCUUGCUACUAAAAAUUCCACGGUCAACUGUUAGUGGUAUUAUAACAAAGUGGAAGCAACUGGGAACAGCAGCAACUCAGCCAAGAAGUGGUAGGUCACCUAAAAUGACAGAGUGGGUCAGCGCAUGCUGAAGCGUACAGUGCACAGAAGUCACCAACUGACUGCAGAGUCAAUUGCCAAAGAUCUCCAAACUUCGUGUGACCUUCAGAUAAGUACAAGAACAGUGUAUAGAGAGCUUCAUGGACUGGGUUUCCAUGACUGA